AUGAAAUUCCCGCGUAGUGCGCUGCGCCUGGCCUCGUGCCGCCCCGCUUUCCGCUCGCAAAUAUACCACGCGUGGUUACGCCCAGUUGUUCUCCAGCGUUUUCAGAGCUCGAUCCCGCCGGAACAGACUCCUUGGAACCUGGAAACCCCAGCCCCCAGGCCUUCCACUGCGGCAGUAGGCGUGGUCUCUCAGUCUGCGGGGUCGGAGGAUCCUGUUGCUGUAUCUGAGACAGUCGACGUAUCUCUGGACUCUCCGCCGGUUGACUCGGAAGUUUCCGUGGAAGUCUACGAUUUUGACGAGGAGUUGGGUGAAUCCUCGGACGAUAUCCCCGGAUUAGUCGAGGACGAGGCUUAUGUGCACAGAGCAUCGGAAGACAUUCCCGAUCUCUCACCAGACCCCACCGGCUUGAGUGGCAGAGUCAUCGCGUUUAUGGAGCGUUUCCACCUCGAACUCGAGAAUCCCGACCUGCUUGUCAGAGCCCUAAGAUGCAGGAGUCUCAGAGCAACGGACGACGCCCGCUCGUUAUCCUUUGUCGGAGACGCUGUUUUCAGACUGUAUGCCGCGACUCUGGGGCAAGAGAAGGGCCAUUCCGUCGGCCAAGUCGCGGCGUUGACCAAAGUACUGUAUUCAAACAAAGCGCUCGCCCGCCAGGCGUGGAGACUGCGCCUUGACGAGACCGCUAACCUACGCCACAUCCUGGCCACCUCGGCUGACUACAAGAAAGAUACCUUGGAAAUCUUGCUUGCGACUACCCUGGAGGCGGUCGUCGGCGCUGUCUUUAUCGAUAAAAAGCACAGCCUCCAUGAUACAAUCCCUUUCCUUACUGCGCUGGGUUUGAAUAUCUCGGAGAAGAACACGCCCAAAUUUAUAUCAAAGAUUCCGGGGAAUCGACCGUGA